AUGGGAGCUGAGAAUUUCACCUCUGUUAAAGAAUUCAUGUUGGUGGGACUCACAAGUCAUCGAGGGACCCAGCUUCUGCUCUUUGGGGUGUUCCUCCUCAUCUACUUGCUUAUCCUUUUUGGCAACCUGCUGAUCAUCAUUUUGGUAUGGGCUGAUUCCCAGCUACAUACACCCAUGUACUUUUUUCUUAGCAAUCUUGCUGCGAUGGAGAUUGGGUUGGUUACCAGCACGCUGCCUCAGAUGUUGGCUCAUCUGGUCACCAGGAAUGGAGUUCUGUCCUUAACGCGUUGCAUGCUGCAAGGUUACUUUGGAUUGAACAUAGGCAGUGCUGAAAGUUUGCUGUUGGGUGUCAUGGCCUAUGACCGUUACUUGGCCAUCUGCUCUCCCUUGUUGUAUGCUACAGCCAUGAGCAAGCUCCACCAGGUCCUGCUUGUCAGCACAUGCUGGAUCAUUGGCUUUGCAUUUUCCAUGAUUUAUGUCGUCAGUAUUUUUCGUCAUUCUUUCUGUGGUCCUAAUCUCAUUGACCACUUCGGGUGUGAACUGCCUAUUGUGCUGAAUCUUGCAUGUGGUGACAUAAAAAUGACUAAAGCCAUUGUCUCUGGUUUAUCAGCAUUCAUGGUUUUCAUCCCCCUUUCAAUUAUCUUGUCUUCCUAUGGAUUCAUUCUGCAUUCUAUAUUGAACAUGCGGUCAACUGCACGAAGGAGUAAGGCCUUCUCCACUUGUGGGUCCCACCUUACCGUAGUCAUCUUGUUCUAUGGCACCGUUAUUUCUAUGUACAUUAUCCCCCACCCAGACUCAGGUUCUGCUCACAACAUGGAAAUGACCAUCUGUUAUCUAGUAGUUACUCCCCUGCUUAACCCUGUCAUCUACACCUUGCGGAACAAGGAGAUUCAUUCAGCAGUGAUCAAGAUGGCGAGAAGAUGGCGCUUAGAGCAAUGAAUAUGACCCUGGACAUCUUGCUGGGCUGGUGUUUUGUUAUGUUUUCUUUCAACUGAGGGAGGCUGACUAUAAAAAUAAUACUAGACUGUUUUAACUGUUCCUGCUCUUUUGUAAGGAUGAUGAGGUGGAAAAGCAGGCAGGAAAAUAGACUGGAGUAGAAUGGAAUGGAAUGGAAUGGAGUGUGGAGUGUGGAGUGGAACAGAACAGAACAGAACAGAACAGAACAGAAUAGUUGGAAGAGACCUUGGAGGUCAUCUAGUCCAACCCCCUGCUCAGGCAGAAAACCCUGUACCAUUUCAGGCAAAUGGUUGUCCAAUCUCUUCUUUAAAACUUCCAGUGUUGGAGCAUUCACAACUUCUAGAGGCAAGUUGUUCUGAAGCAAGUAAGCCCAAAUACCAGUAAAUUGAUAUCAAAGGAUGGGUAGAUUGACCUUUAGUUGUUUGUAUCUCUGUCACAAGAUUAGGAAAGUACCAACUUCUUGCUAAAUGUACUUGUAUGCUUAAUGACCUUUGUAUCAUAUUAUUCUGUAACACAAUAUUUGGCACGUGAGGAAUUCUGAAACUAGCAGAUGGUGUAAGAUAUGCAAGAUAUAACCCUAUAUGGAAUAUGUACCGAAAGAUAACUUCUUUUUAUAUCCUGUUUUGAUGUGCUGUAUCUUGAUACAUAUAAGGAAAUGUAAAGCUUCAGUAAAACUAGAAUUGCAAAACCUAUAAAAGAUAGACUCCGGGCAUAGCCCAGGGUUCAGACUUUGCCAAACUAUUACUCUGAACCUUUGCUAGCAAAUAAACCUGUGUU